UUUUAUUUAUUCUUAGCACUUCUUUUUAUAUACAAAGAACAUUACUGUUCCACUUCUUUAUUAUUAAAAAAGCCACCUGCUACAGACAAUUUAUACAUAUCCAUUUGUCAAAACCUUUUUCCCAAAUCAAAUCACAAACAAUAAUAAACAAAAAACAAAUAAUUUAGUAAAUUAAUAAAUUAAUAAGAAUAGUAAAAAAAUAUUGACCUCAAAAAAAGUUGUUGCAAAAAAUAUUAAAAAGAAAAAAAUGAAGGCGCUAGCACCUCUAAUCUAUCUGGUUCCGUUAAUCCUUCACAGUAUUGGUUUAUUUGUUCUUUUGAAGAUGCCCUCAACAGUAACAAAAAGCCAGAAAGUUCUUUUGAUCAACUUAUGUCUUUCUGAAAUCUACCUAACAUUGUGUAGUGGCUUGUACAGAGUUUUAAUGUUGAUUUAUGGCGAAUCUAAUUGUGCAUAUGCUGUUCUACGAGGUUGCAGCUUAUGUGCAUCAAUUUUAUAUUAUAUAACCAUGUAUAUAAUAACACUGGACAGAUUUUUUCAUGUCUACUUCAACCUACGAUAUUCUGCUUAUUGCACUGCUAGAAAAAUUACUUACAUUACCGUUUCUGUGUGGAUCACUUCAUUUUUGCUUCCUGUUCCAAGUUUUGUCAAUUAUCUCAAGCAAGGUAAUCGAAUAAGGUCUGUUCAAAAACCGACUAAUAUUACUUACAAAUACGUAUUCCCGUCGUGUGAUCUAUUGUUCUUGCUGAUUGCUAUGGUAACUUAUGGAUAUAUAAUAACAAAAAUAAAGCAAAACAGAAGAACUGCGAAGAAGUUAAGAGGUUCCUUAAACUCUCGUUCGUGUGAAUCAACAACUUCUAAUGGCUCAGCAACGACAAAAAGAUUCCGAAAACGGAACCGCUACCAUCUCUUGUUACCAACACUUCUAAUCGCGACUUUUUUAAUUUUCAUCGCUAUUCCUGACUUUUUUUGGUUUUUAAGUUCCAUAGAUGUCAUUACAAUAUCGCCAACACUGCAAACGAUUUUCGGUGUUUUGUUUUCACUUGGAUACAGUUCAGAUGCUGUUAUAUAUAUUCUCUUUUCAACAUCGUUGAGACAGAAAUUAGCUAGAAGAUUUCGAGUUUCAAGAUUGGAAAACAUGUUGCAGGAUAGCAGCUCCACAGUUAAACCAGAAAAAAAAACCUUCGUGGUUUUAACUCAUCGUAACGCCACCGGACCUAUCAAACAUAUUUCGAAAAUGGUUAUUUAGUCAUCUAAAGGACGGAGCAGCUCUUAGAAUAUGUGUUAUAAACAGCUUGAAAAAAAAACUGCUUAAAAUAUAAUCGCUCUUGCGUCAAUAUAUAUGACUUUAAUUGCCUUUCAAAAAGCAAUGCCAUUCAACAUUUGCUAAUGACCGUAUUUUUUAAAUUCUAAUUUGAAGAUAGGCUCUUAAUCGACAAAGCGCAUCUUUCAAAUCCUACUUCGAAGACAGACACUUAUUUCACAUAGUCACAUUUGCAAAUUCUAAUUUGAAGAUAGGCACAUAAUCGAUAUAGCCACCUAAAUAAAGCAAAAAAACAAACUUUGUUCGAUGUUUUUAUUUUUUAUUAAAUAAACUGCCAGAAACGAAUGCACUAUUUCUUCCCAGGCACUUUUAAUUAAGAAAAUCCUUGAAAAAAGACAGACGGAAUUGUGACAUUGUUGUUUAUUGAUGACUAUAGUGAAAUUCUCACUAAAGAAACAAGUAUAUAAAUUCAUAAAAAUACAUUCAUUGUAAAGCUUUUCGUACUUCAAGUAAAUCAUCAGACAUUUUAUGAUACUAUAGUGAAACUUUAUUGAAUUUAGAAAAGACAUGGUCAUAACAUAAAAGGAGUAGACAUUAUGUUUGUUUGUUUGUUUGUUUGGUUGUUUGUUUGUUUGGUUGUUUAAACAUUUCAGCAUUGUUUUUUUUUCGGCAAAAUGGUGCAUUUGGAAAUGUUUACUGUUAAUGUUUACUUACUCAAUAAAAUUGUUUGUUUUUUUUCAAUACAGAGCUUUCCGCAUGUUGAUAAUUUGAUCCUUUUCAGUAUUUUUUACCCACUAAAAGCUCUUGGGCCCAACGUUGAGAAUAUUUGCACAAUCGUUCAUACGUUUGGCCUCCAAAGCAAGCUGCACAAAAUGUGAAACAACUGCCCACACUUCACUCCUUACUUUGUAAACACAGUAGCUUCAUGUUGCGCAAACUCGUUCAAGGUAUACGUCUGACUUCUACAGAAGUUACUAGAAUUAUAGUGGUGGUGCGAAUUCCAUCCACUACUCUAUUUUUUCAAAUAUAAAUAUGUGUGCACCGAACUCUUAAAAUGGGUCUGGAAUUAAGUUGUUAAUUAUUGAUUUAUUUUCAUCUGCGGUGGAGAGCUCCAUAUAAAGUUGGGAAUAUGAACCAUAUGCGGACAAGUUGGUGAAAUAACUCACACAAGCUUGUACUUAUACUGGUAAAGCCUUCAACAUUAUGUUCAGUGUCCAUGACAACGAAUAGGAUAGGCAACGGUAUAUCCACUGUGCCAAAGAAUGCACAAUGUCAUACUGGACACACUACGUUAACGAUCACGAAGGCACAAUGAGAUUCGUUUGUCCAUUUAACUCUAUCAUAACUGGCAUCGGUGGUGCUUAUGACACACAAGUGAAGGACCACCGAUAUAUGUUCCUUUGUACUCUGGUAAAUGGUAUCAAAAAUGGCUCCCAGUGGACUGAAUGGUUGCACUUUUGCCAGAUUAUUACAUAGCAGGGAUGCAAAGUUCCCAUAAUAACACACUCCAGUAAGUUUUAUAUUAUAUGGUUAUAACCUCGUUAUAACACGACUGAUUUUUUAUUAAACCUUAAUUCGCUUUCUUUUUUCGUGCGCCUAGGUUUAGCGCAAAUUAUUUUUAUAAACUGGUCGUUUUACGUGGCUGAUUCGGUGCUCAAAAUUUUUCUUGAUAAUAGACGUGAAAUUUAAUAUGAAGCUUUAAGAAACACAUGCAUGGUCGUUCAGCAUAUAUAUUUUUAUGGUAAUAUUUCGACCUCCAUAUUGGAGGUCUUCAUCAGACUAUACAAAAUUUUUUAACGGUUGUCAUUUCAUUAACAUCAAAUCAACGUCACUGCAACGGCUUCCGUUUAAGGUAAUAUUACCAUAAAAAUAUAUAUUGCUGAACGACCAUGUAUAUUUUUCUUCAAAGUAUUAACGUACGUUCACAUAAACAUGUUAUUUAAAGAGUUAAUGUGAAGCUGUGCGGGAAAUUUUAUCAGUAAUGGUAACAAUGAAGGUAGUAAAUCGACCGCUGCACAUAACACGUGAUGUUCUUAAUGAGCGCACGCCUUGAAUAAAGGCAAAUCUGGAAUAAGCUAACGCAGUGUUUUACAGCGCGACACUUCGCCGCAUGACUUUGCAUUUUUUUGUUCAAAUUAAAUUUUAAAAUAGUUCGCUUUAUUUUUGUGUACAAUAAAAAUAAACGGUUGUUUCCAGAAUAAAAUUAAAAUAUGCUUAUUUUGGCAUGCAGAAACGGAAAACGUUGAAGCAAGUUUCAAGUUUACCUUACUUCUCACAAUCGGUAUCAUUUCGUAGUGAGAUAAAAAAAUUAAUUAAAUAUAAAUAAGAUAAAGUAGUUUCGGAUUUAAUUAUAUGUUGUAU